GCCCCACGCACGCCAGGCUUCCGCUUUGGGCCCCGCUGCAGGUGUCCGGCGUGGCCCGGUCACUUGUCGGACAUGGCUGCUGCCGGCGAUCCUGCCUGUGCUGAAAGCUACCGUUCUCCGCUGGCGGCCCGCUACGCCAGCCGCGAGAUGUGUUUCUUGUUCAGCGACAGGAACAAGUUCCAGACGUGGCGGCAGCUGUGGCUGUGGCUGGCGGAGGCGGAGCAGAUGCUGGGUUUGCCUAUCACAGAUGAACAGAUCCAGGAGAUGAAGUCAAACCUGAGCAACAUUGACUUCCGGAUGGCAGCUGAGGAAGAGAAGUGCCUGCGGCAUGAUGUGAUGGCUCACGUGCACACAUUCGGUCACUGCUGUCCAAAAGCUGCGGCCAUAAUUCAUCUGGGUGCCACCUCCUGCUAUGUCGGAGACAAUACGGACCUGAUUAUUCUGAGAAAUGCCUUUGACCUGCUUUUGCCAAAGCUUGCUAGAGUGAUCUCGAGGCUUGCCGACUUUGCUAAGGAACGUGCUGAUCUGCCCACGUUAGGUUUCACACACUUUCAGCCUGCUCAGCUGACCACUGUUGGAAAACGCUGCUGCCUUUGGAUUCAGGAUCUCUGCAUGGAUCUCCAGAACUUGAAGCGUGUCCGGGAUGAGCUGCGCUUCCGAGGCGUGAAGGGCACCACUGGCACGCAGGCCAGCUUCCUGCAGCUCUUUGAGGGGGAUCACCAGAAGGUGGAGCAACUAGACAAGAUGGUGACAGAAAAGGCAGGGUUUAAAAGGGCUUUCAUCAUCACAGGGCAGACCUACACACGGAAGGUGGACAUCGAAGUGCUAUCUGUGCUGGCCAGCUUAGGGGCAUCAGUACACAAGAUUUGCACUGACAUACGUCUGCUGGCGAACCUGAAGGAGAUGGAAGAGCCCUUUGAGAAGCAGCAGAUCGGCUCCAGUGCGAUGCCAUACAAGCGGAACCCCAUGCGCUCCGAACGUUGCUGCAGCCUGGCCCGUCACCUGAUGGCCCUUACCAUGGACCCACUACAGACAGCUUCUGUGCAGUGGUUUGAACGCACUCUGGAUGACAGUGCCAACCGACGGAUCUGUUUGGCUGAAGCAUUUCUCACUGCAGAUACUAUACUAAAUACCCUACAGAACAUUUCUGAAGGAUUGGUGGUGUACCCCAAAGUAAUUGAACGGCGCAUUCGGCAAGAGCUUCCUUUCAUGGCCACAGAGAACAUCAUCAUGGCAAUGGUCAAAGCCGGGGGCAGCCGACAGGACUGUCAUGAGAAAAUUAGAGUGCUUUCCCAGCAGGCAGCUGCUGUGGUUAAGCAGGAAGGGGGUGACAAUGACCUUAUAGAGCGCAUCCGGGCAGACGCCUACUUCAGCCCCAUUCACUCACAGCUGGAGCAUCUGUUGGACCCCUCUUCUUUCACUGGCCGAGCACCCCAGCAGGUCCACAGAUUCCUGGAAGAGGAAGUGUACCCUCUGCUAAAGCCCUAUGGGAAUGAGAUGGCAGUGAAGGCGGAGUUGUGUCUGUAGAAGAGGAGGGAGCUGAGGAGAACCCGAUGAGCUUCUCAUGAUAGUGUUCAGAGUGAAUGCUGGCUUCUCCUUUACCUGCAUGUGGUGGUACACACUCAGGAGACAGACAUGGGCGGAUCUCAGAGUUCAAGGCUAGCCAGGGCUACACAGAGAAAUCCUUUCUCAAAAACCAAACAAACAAAAAGAGUGUACAUUAAAUUCUGUUGCUUGGGGUUCACAACAGAUAGUCAUGCAUUAUUGUUUUCUCCAGUCCUUGGUUGUUGAAACAGGGUCUCACUAUGUGUCUAUCAUUGGCUGACCUGGAACACAGAAAUCUGCCUCAUUUCCCCAGUGACAGGAUUAAAGGUGUGCCUCAUCAUGCCUGCCUCUUCUCAUUCAUUUUUUUACAGCAACAUAAUUUUGCAGAAUAAUGUAACUCAUACUUAUUUUCAAGACACCUCGAGUCUACCAUGUUUCCUCACUUAUAGUGAGAUUGUGUCACCAUAAACCUUUCAUAAGCUAAAAAAAUUAGUUCAGUUCACCUAUCAGACAUUGUUAUAUGCUCAUAACACUGACAGUAACUUUUGGUCAGAGAAGAUUGUCUAACAAACCCUAUUAGUAAGAUAGCCAAAUGCCUAGUGUUGACUGAGUCCUGUGCAGGCACACUCGGCCACACACUAGCUAGACUCUUCCUGUAGUCCUUUUCAAGUAUUUACUUGAUUGUAAAGUAGCAAGAAACUCCUGGUCCCCGUGGAAAUGGGGUUAAGUCAAAAGUCACCUGGAUCCUUGAUUUAGAUCAUCAGAUCCCUUGAUUUCAGUUCUUUUUGCCCAGGUUAAAUAAUGACAUUUGUAGCUCAGGAGCAGGAAAAAAUAGAUAUUGUUGGGUCCCUUCAGCUCAGGUUGUGCCUGUUCCAUCUUUUACAGAAGUUUGCUUCUCAGGACAAUGCUAACUGGGUAAACUGAUUGCAUUAUGGGGCCUCCCAGUCUCUUAGCCUUGUUAAGUAGAUUGGUAGCUAUUUAGACAAGCUAAUCAAAAGGUGAAUUAUGACCCGGCAGUUGGUGGCUCACGCCUUUUAUCCCAGAAUUGGGAGACAGAGACAGGUGGAUUUCUGAGUUCGAGGCCAGUCUGGUCUACAGAGUGAGUUCUAGGACAACCAGGGCUACACAGGGAAACCCUGUCUCAAAAACAAAAAAAAGGGGGGGGGGGUGAAUUACAAAAAGACCAGCAAGAAGGGAAACAUUCACUUUGCCUCAGGCUGUAUAUUUUGAUGUGGAUGAAGGGUUGCCAAGAUGGCUUAGCUAGUAAGGGUCUGUUGUGCUGGGGGACCCACAUAAAAGUGAAGGGGGCAAACACUCCACAAACUUGUUCUCUGAGCUCCACUAAUAAUAGUGAAAUGGUUUAAGUAAGAAAAGUUGUGGUAGCACACAAUUUUUAAUCUCAGCACUCAGGAGGCAGAAGCAGACAGGUCUCUCUUGAGUUUAAGGUCAACAUGUUCUAUACUGUGGGGCAGUGGACUGUGCCAGGAAUCUUGGUAAAGUUGAAUGGGUUCAGAAACACUGGUACCCUCAGACCUAAGGAUGGCACUUUACCUCCCUGUCAUGUGACCACGGCACCCCAUGGAGAGGACCCUAACAGUCAGUUAUGUAGGAACCCCGAAGCCCCUCCACGUGCAGAUCCCUAACAUCUCAGACCAAGCCAAUAGAAAGCAUCUGCUUUUGGAACCCCAACCCACCCCACCCUGUCCACAAGGAAUAAAGGCUUGGGAAUUGUUUCACCAAAGGUCAUCUGGGAGCAUCUGUCACAUAAGAGCUCUAACGCUGUUGGGAAUAGAGUUCUCUCCAAAGCUUUGACUGCUGGAGACUGCCUACCAUGGUCACUAAUGCUAGGUGGUCCCAACCUUUGCUCCUAGUCCCCCACCCCCACCCCCACCCCCUCUGAGGAGCAGCAGCCUUGGAAGAGCAACUCUGGCCACUCCUGUUGGGCCAGAGCUCUGUACAAGUCCAGUACAGCAUGACUCAGCAGCUGGGGUCACAUCUGACACUGGGCAUAUUUAAGAACAGUAUAAUUUGGAAAAAGUUUCUUGGUGAUGACUCAGUCCCAUGUACACAAUAAAGUUUAAGGCAUGACUACA